AUGGAAGAGCUCUGUGUCUGCUCCGUUCUGGUGACUGGGGCCAACCGGGGUCUUGGCCUGGGGUUUGUCCAGCAUUUCCUGAGGAUGCCGAAACCACCACAGUGGAUCUUUGCAGGCUGCCGGGACCCGACAGGACCGAGGGCACAGGAGCUACAGAAGCUGGCCUCCAAACAUCCCAAUGUGAUCAUCACUGCUCUUGAAGUUGCCAACCCCACCAGCAUCAAGGCGGCUGCAGCCAAGGUUGGGAAGCACCUGGGGGACUUUGGGUUGAACCUCCUCAUCAACAAUGCUGGAAUGGUCAAGUCUAAGACGCUGGAUGAUGAAACAUUGGAGGACAUGACUGAGACUUACACCACCAACACAGCUGGACCCUUGCUGAUGGGCCAGGCAUUCCUGCCCUUGCUGAAGAAGGCUGCCCAGGGGAGCCCAGGCUCAGGGCUGAGCUGCAGCAAGGCUGCCAUAAUCAACAUAUCCAGCAUUGGUGGCUCCAUCGCUUCCGUCUUUGGCUGGGACAUGAUGCAAGUCACCUCAUAUCGCUGCAGCAAGGCUGCUCUGAACAUGCUGAGCAAGUGCCAGUCCUUGGCAUACAAGGAGCACGGCAUCCUCUGCGUCGCUCUCCAUCCUGGCUGGGUGCAAACUGACAUGGGCAGUGCUGCUGCUGGAUACACGCCCCCUGUGACAGUGGAUGACAGCGUUCAAGGGAUGCUGAAGGUCCUCUCCUCCCUCUCCGAGAAGGAGAUCGGCACCUUCCUGGACUGGGAAGGGAAGGUCAUGCCCUGGUGA